UUGAAAUUGGAGAACUCAGUGGUCGUGCAGAUUCAGGGGCUGGGAAGCGCCCACAGAAACAACAGAGAGAGCGAGGAACUAACUUCGAGGCUGAGUCGGGAAAAGCGGAAGGGGAAGAGAGAUUUUCCCAGUCCGGGAAAAGUCUGGGCAAGGAUUCGGGUCAAAGUGCACUUGAAGCCCCCAGGUGAACCAGGGAAUGUACACGGAGAGGCCUCGAGAGGAACUGCAGAGGGCUCCAGGAUCCGAGGACACUUUGUUCCGAUUGGGACUUUAGUUCAUCCGUUUGCAUUUGCAAAAGCAAACAUCUAUUAAAUCCGCUGUUUCUGUUGCAGGAUAGGAUUGCUGAGUUUCCUUGGCUCGGGUAGGGUCCGUCAGGGCUCUUGUUGUUUGCAAAAAAGGGAGGAAAUCACGAAUUUGCUCAACCGGUCACAUGCAAAGAUUAUAGAGCUCCUCUAGGAUCUUUGGUCACAUGCACCCUGACUGAGAACUUCCCCUCUGUCGCUCUGCACCAGCGACCCGUUCAAUUCAUCCAGCCGUUUAUAACAGGAGUCGUUGUAUCGCCACCGAAAUUUAAUCUGAUGACCUGGCUGGAUUUAAAAGAGAGGUAACACAUUUGUAUCAAUGGCAAGAUUCUUGAGAUACUUCACUGCAGUGGGUGAUAACUACCAGAAGUGGCAAGAAGAGGAAGAUGCUGAAGAAGAAAUAUGUCCUCAAUUCAGUUCUUUCAGAGAUACUCUCAAAUGGAUAUUUAACUCCAACAAAUUUCAGAUUGCCGUUGUGUGUUUAGUCAUUCUGGAUGCUCUGUUCGUGUUUUGUGAAUUGCUAAUGGAUUUAUCCAUCGUUGAAGCAGACAAAGAGAGAAUAGUUCCCCAGGUGUUUCACUACCUGAGUAUUAUCAUUCUGACUUUUUUUAUUCUGGAGUUAGCGGGUAAAUUAUAUGCCUUUCGCUUGGAGUUUUUUUGGCACAAAUUUGAAAUUCUGGAUGCAGUCAUUGUAAUUGUAUCAUUCAUUCUGGAUAUUGUCUACAUUUCCCGGGAAGAUGCUUUUGAUGGUGUGGGCUUGCUCAUUCUACUUCGACUAUGGAGAGUGGCAAGAAUAAUAAAUGGUAUCCUCAUGACUGUGAAGUCACGUCAACUGAAGAAAGAAACUGAGUUGAAACAAGUUAACAGUGAUCUCUGGCACAGAGUGGGUGAGCUCCAGGGUGAAUGCACCGUUCUGACACAAGAAGUUGAGAGACUUCGUAAGUUGCUGCAGGAACACAGGAUAAACUACCAGAUCGACUAAGACAUUUCUCCAGAGGUGUGGUGUGUUAAGUGAAGAUUGUACUAUGAAAAACAGAUGAAAUGACUUUCGUAAAAAAUAUCUAGCAGACUAACUGAGACUUGCAGUUUUGUGUUUCCAAGAAAGCAAAGUGACCAAAAAAUGUUAAUUAACCUUACGUUUCAAAAUAAACCAAAGAAUUAACAACCAAA